AUCUCCCGUUCACACAUGUGCGAACCACAUCAAGAGGGGGUGAGAAGGCCGUUCAUAUUAUUGAGAGCGGGCUUCCUGUGGCAGUCAACCAAAAGGCCUGGSACUACAUUAUUAUCCAAGAUGGCGCCUUGCAGGUUGGAAAUAAGUCUGCAAAGACUUUUACGGCGUUGUGAAUCAAUGGCUAACGAACAACAAGACAAGAAAAAAGAAGUAGAAUGGAGACUUGAGAAGUAUGUUGGUGCCUUACAGAAUCAGCUGAGUGACUUGGCCAAAAUGGAAAGUAAACCAAAUCCUGAUAAGAUGAGUGAGUACACAAAACGGGUCAAUUUCUUGAAAGGACUGAUUGAAACUGAAAGAAAGGAUACUAUCAAUGAUAAGGCCAUUGCAAGUCAGCAGCUAGCAAGACCUGUAACUCACAUACCAUCAAAAACCAACACAAACCCAGAGAAAGUUCAUGAAUUGCAUAUUAAAACCAAAGCAAGAAUUGAGAAAGAAAUGAGGGAUGAAUUGAUGGGAACAAGCUCUCAAGGUAUCAGAAACAGAAGACAAGGUGAUGAUAGCAAUAAAGMAAAAGAAAAAGACAUUGAUGCAGUUUUGCAAUAUCAUCACAACAUGCAAGAAAAAAUUGCUGAYGACAUGGUGAAAAUGGCUCAAAGUCUAAAACAUACAUCGAUGAUGGCAAAUAAUAUCAUCCAACAAGAUAAUAAGUCACUUGAAGCAUCCACGCGGCUUGUUGACUCAAACUUCGUCAAAUUAAAGCAUGAAUCAGACCGUCUCGAGGAGAUUACAAGUAGAUACUGCUCAAUGUGGAUGUGGAUUGCACUGGCGUUAGUCGUGUUUGUUUUCAUAUGGACAAUACUAUUUAUUAGAAUGUUUCCGAAAAAAUAAUGGCAAUGAGAAAUGGCAYCAAAAUUUUUAUUAUUUUAGAGAGUAUUUUAUUUAUCUGGGAAAUACGUCAUACACAUGUGACGUCAUACGUAAUAGCAUUAGAGUGAAACUGGUUUAGAGUUUUUUUUCCUUUUAUCGACUUUUGAGUGCUUUUGUCAAAAGCAGCAACGAUGAAAAGGCUCUAUAUACUGCAGACAGCCCUUACGUAAAACUCACGAUAAAUUGGCGUGUCUUAACACUAAAAUCCAAAAACGAUUAAAAGCAAAGGAUCCACAAAGUUUUUUGUCUUUGAGCUUCAAAUAUAUACCACAAAUCAAGUAUUGAAAGUAUUAAUUGAACGACAAAUACCAAUUUACCCCUCUUUUCUAUACAUUUACCGUCAUUGUACAUUCUUCCAAAACAAAUGAACUUAAAGGAUAUAUUUUAAAUAAGUGURRAAGUUUUAAUAASAAGUUGCAAUCACUCAGAUUUAUUAAAAUCUUUGAACCUGUUURCGCGGGAUUUCUUUACUCAAUGUGCCAUCAAUAAAGCYUCCUGAUGAAACUA